AUGGUUGAACUGGAAAAAGUACGAUCCUCGAACAAACAGGUCUCUACCGUGCUACCACCGGGUCUGGUCGCGGUGUAUGUUGGUGCUACCAGUGGCAUAGGCGAGCUGGCUAUGAAGGCGCUGGUCAAGCAUAGCGUACAACCGCGCGUGUAUUUUGUUGGUCGUUCACAAAAGGCCGCAGACCGCAUCACAUCCGAGCUCAAGGCUCUCAACUCUGCAGGAGAAUACAUCUUUAUCCAAGCAGAUAUCAGUCUCAUCACUGGCGUGGAUAAAGUGUGCCAACAGAUCAAGGCGAGAGAGACAGCAAUCAAUUUGCUCGUGCAAAGCCAGGGAUCGAUGGACAUGAGUACGAUCACGUCGGAGAAACUUCGCUUCUCGAUAUCCCUCGUUCAUUACUCGCGUGCACGCUUUAUCGCGAAUUUGCUGCCGCUGAUCCAAGAGUCGACUGGUAUCCGGCGUGUCGUAUCUGUGCUAGCGGGUACCAAAGAAGGGAACGUGCAUGUUGACGAUAUUCAAGGAUGGAAUAUUCCUCUGAUGUCCAUGAGAGGUCACUUGGCCACACUUGUGACCUUGACCAUGGCACAUUUUGCCGAGCACGCCCCGACGGUCUCAUUCGUGCAUGAUUUCCCUGGACAUGUUCGAAGCAAUUUUGGUCGAGAAAUGAAGGGGGUAUUAAAGGCACUUGGCAAGGUUUACCAAGUUGUUUCUCCUCUGUUUAGCACCCCUGGCGAAGAGGUUGGCGAGCGGCACCUGUUUUAUUCCACCAGUAACAGAUACCCAGCUCGGUCCAGGAAUCCAAAUGUCGUUGUGCCCUUACCUAUCGGUGUUCCGGUCGCCAAGGGAUUUGAUGGGAAGUUGGGCAGCGGUGUCUACUCUGUUGAUGGCGGAGGCGAUGAAUGCGGACCCUCGGUUGUCGCUCUUCUGGGCGACCUAUGCCAGAAAGGUACUGUUGAAGAGGUCUGGAAGGACGUGGCCGGCGAGUUUAUCCGUAUCACCGGUGUGGAAGCCAUUUGA